AUGUCUUUGCCCAGAAUACCAUUAGAUGAUGACACUUUGCAUUGGUCAUCUCCAUCAAAGAAGAUCUAUUGCUCUGGUGACGUGAAGAAUUUUCUUCACUCGGUUGCCAUUGAUCGUAUCAAAUCAACACUACUAUUGAUUUGCCAGAGAGUGAGUUUAAAAAAUAUACCAGAAGGAGUUCUCGACCGUUCGUUAAUCGAGUCGAAGGAGGCAUCAAGGUCCGCGCUAUUGGACCUACCGCCUCCUUCCUCCGAUUUCGACCCUAACAUCCUCUCAACAAGCGUCCAACAUGUAAUUGAUUUCAUUGCUGAGCUGAACAAACUCGUUGAUCAAACGCCCCCUUUUCCUGGACCAAGAAGAUACGGAAAUAUGGCCUGUAGGGAUUGGCAUGAUAAAUUGAAUAAGUCUGUCGAGGGUUUUAUUGAUCAGCAUUUGAAGCCAAAAUGCAAGUUCAAGUUUGAAGACCAAUAUCGAGGAUUUGUGAGAGAGGCUAAAUAUUAUAUCCUGGGGUCCUUUGGGUCUCGUGAGAGAUUGGACUAUGGUACCGGACAUGAACUCUCGUUUAUGGCAUUCAUCUCAAGUCUUUUGAUGUGCGACAUUUUGGACCAAGAGGUCAUCAGUGGUCAGGAGUUGCUGACCAUUUUCGGCAAAUAUUACGACCUGGUCAAACGAAUGAUUUUGACGUACACUUUAGAACCUGCUGGAUCUCAUGGUGUUUGGGGCUUAGACGAUCACUUCCAUUUGAUAUAUAUCAUUGGAUCAUACCAGCUGGUUGACUUUCAGACCGUCGGAACUGACCAGAAAAGUACCAAAGCGUUGAAUUUCAGAAUGGGCCUUACACCCUCUGCAGCUUUGAAUCCAACAGUAAUCAAACAGCAAUGCCAUCGGAAUUUGUACUUCAACGCCAUGGCAUUCGUCAGACGCGUCAAAAAGGGCCAGUUCAGCGAACAUUCUCCGCUUCUUUACGAUAUCAGCUCCUCAAAGACAUGGGAGAAGAUAGCACAGGGUCUCAUCAAAAUGUAUUAUGGGGAGGUACUAUCCAAAUUUCCUGUUGUUCAGCAUUUCUAUUUUGGUGAGAUCCUGUUCCCUUGGAAGGACUCUGAUUCAGGCAAAGAAUUGCCUGAGUCUUCUCCCGAAGCUGAAGCUGAGGUGACAACGGCACCAAAACUUGAUUACAGAAGUGAAGCGGAAUCUGCUAUGCACUCUAUGUAUCAACGAAGAGAAGAGGAGCUCGCUAAGUUGAUAGACAAACGUCCCCAAUCACUACACCCAACCACGCGUGCUCCUUGGAAAUAA